AUGGCGGAGGUGAAGGUGAAGCCGGAGGCUCCCGACCUCAUGGACAUAGAGAACAGGAUUAUUGAGCUGUGCCAUCAGUUCCCUCAUGGUAUCACAGACCAGGUGAUUCAAAAUGAUAUGCCUCACAUGGAAGCUCAACAGCGAGCCAUGGCGAUCAACAGGCUGCUCUCCAUGGGGCAACUGGACCUUCUCAGGAGCAAUGCAGGUCUCCUUUAUAGAAUCAAAGAGUCUCAAAAUGCAAGUAAAAUGAAAGGCUCUGACAAUCAAGAGAAGCUGGUUUACCAAAUUAUAGAAGAUGCAGGCAACAAAGGUAUUUGGAGCAGAGACAUUAGAUACAAAAGUAAUUUGCCUUUAACAGAGAUCAACAAGAUACUGAAAAACUUGGAAAGCAAGAAGCUAAUUAAAGCAGUUAAAUCUGUGGCAGCAUCCAAGAAGAAGGUGUACAUGCUGUAUAACCUGCAGCCUGACCGCUCUGUGACUGGUGGGGCUUGGUACAGUGACCAAGACUUUGAGUCUGAAUUUGUGGAGGUAUUAAACCAACAGUGUUUCAAAUUUCUACAGAGUAAGGCAGAGGCAGCUCGAGACAGCAAACAGAAUCCCAUGAUACAGAGGAACAGCUCCUUUGCCUCAUCCCAUGAGGUGUGGAAAUACAUCUGUGAGCUGGGUAUCAGCAAGGUAGAGCUGUCAAUGGAAGACAUCGAAACCAUCUUAAAUACACUGAUCUACGAUGGCAAAGUGGAGAUGACAAUCAUUGCUGCAAAGGAAGGGACAGUAGGCAGUGUGGAUGGGCAGAUGAAGCUGUACAGAGCUGUUAGUCCUCUCAUACAACCCACUGGAUUAGUCAGGACACCCUGUGGACUCUGCCCUGUUUUUGAUGAUUGCCAUGAAGGUGGUGAGAUUUCUCCAUCAAACUGUGUUUAUAUGACAGAGUGGCUGGAGUUUUAA